CCCUCAACGCAAACACCCUCUUCAUUCUUCAAAUGCCUUAUAUAACUCCGAACCUGCGCCUCCUUUUCUCUUCUUCUCCUUUCAGACUCUCCCUUCCUCUUCUCUCCAACCCCGCCACACCCCGCCACUCCCUCUUCACCGUCCUCUCCUACUCCGGCAGACGAUACCGUUCCACCUCUGCCCCGCAACGAAACCUCAAUCUUCAAAAAAGAAACAAGAGCACAAACGAAAGAGGAGUUGUUCCAAUGGAAGAGAGUAAGAAUGAACCCUCUUUUGGGUUUAACAAAAGAAGGGCUGAGGGAAAAGAUGGUUCUGAUAAGCCUAAGAAGAAUCCUCAGCUUAAAGUUCGUAGACUAAACCCUACUAAUACUAUUUCGUAUGUACAGAUUUUGGGAACUGGAAUGGAUACUCAGGACACUUCGCCUUCAGUCUUGCUCUUCUUCGACAAGCAAAGAUUUAUUUUUAAUGCUGGAGAGGGAUUGCAACGAUUCUGUACAGAGCAUAAGAUUAAAUUAUCAAAGAUAGAUCACAUUUUUCUUUCUCGUGUUUGCUCAGAGACGGCAGGUGGACUUCCAGGUCUUCUUUUGACUUUGGCCAGUAUUGGAGAUGAAGGACUGUCUGUGAGUAUCAGGCUGACUUCAUGUCAAUGUAUGGGGUCCUUCAGACCUCAAGUUUUUAGUUGAUGCAAUGAAGUCUUUCAUUCCACAUGCUGCUAUGGUUCACACACGGAGCUUUGGGACAUCUCCAUCCUCUGAUGCUACUCUAACUGAUUUAACAAAGUUAACUGACCCCAUUGUUCUUGUUGAUAAUGAGGUUGUUAAAAUAUCAGCCUU